GAGCAGCAGACCCUGAACUGUGGCGCCUUCUCCCUUCCAGCAGCUGUUCUCAGUUUGUCACUGGAAGCACAUAAGCAGGUGUGGGGCGGUCGUGUUCAACCUCUGACUAUGGAGGGGCCUAAUUGGCGUCCUGCACACAAACAGAGAAUUCGCUUUUCUCCACAGACUUCAUUACUCAAGAUUUCCCAGCAUGGUUCAUGUGUAUUUUUCUUCUUAGCCUUUAUAGACUGGGAAGCCUAUAAGCCUGGUCUGGGGUCCAGAUGGAGUAGAGAAAUCUGUCUCCUGGGCCCUUCGCAGAGAUGUUGAAGGUCAAACCUCCCUGAGCAGAUGUCUGGUGCCCUUUGGCCAUGAAUAAUAAGGGCUUCCGGCACGGGAGUUUCCAGGGCAGCAGCAGUGAUGAAGACAUGGUGGAGGUCGCAGGGGGCAUGCUGGAUUUCUCCAUGGCGGAUGAUGUUCCUCCUCUGGACAGAGAGAUGGUGGAAGGUUUCUCCUCGUACAAUGGAGGUGGGAUGAAUGGGGUGAGGCAGGUGAUGGACUUCCUGGAGGUGCCUCUCCCUGGCGUGGGGACUUACGAAGACUUCAACACCAUUGACUGGGUGCGCGAAAAGUCUCGUGACCGCGACAGGCACCGAGAGAUCGCCAGUAAAAGCAAAGAGUCCACGUGGGCCUUGGUGCACAGCGUCAGUGACGCUUUCUCAGGAUGGCUGUUGAUGCUGCUCAUCGGCUUGUCGGCAGGGGCGUUGGCCGGCCUGAUCGACAUCACCGCCCACUGGAUGACGGACCUGAAGGAGGGGGUCUGCCUGAACGGCUUCUGGUACAACCACGAGCACUGCUGCUGGAGCUCGUCCAAAACAACCUUCCAGGACAGGGACAAGUGCCCGGAAUGGAGGACCUGGGCACAGCUGCUGACCGGCAGAGAGGAAGGGGGAGCCCUGGGCUAUGUCCUCAACUACUUCAUCUACGUCCUCUGGGCAUUGCUCUUCUCCUUCCUGGCCGUGUUGCUUGUCCGGGGCUUUGCUCCAUACGCAUGUGGCUCAGGGAUCCCAGAGAUCAAAACCAUUCUCAGUGGCUUCAUCAUCCGAGGUUACCUGGGCAAGUGGACGCUGCUCAUCAAGACCGUCACCCUGGUGCUGGCCGUUUCGUCAGGCCUGAGCCUGGGCAAGGAGGGUCCCCUGGUCCACGUCGCCUGCUGCUGCGGCAACAUCCUUUGCCACCUCUUCACCAAGUAUAGGAAGAACGAGGCCAAACGCCGGGAGGUGCUAUCAGCUGCUGCGGCCGCUGGUGUGUCGGUGGCCUUCGGCGCUCCCAUCGGUGGCGUCCUGUUCAGCCUGGAAGAGGUGAGCUACUACUUUCCCCUCAAGACCCUGUGGCGCUCCUUUUUUGCUGCGCUGGUGGCAGCCUUCACCCUGCGCUCCAUCAACCCUUUUGGGAACAGCCGCCUGGUGCUCUUCUACGUGGAGUUCCACAGCCCCUGGCACCUGCUGGAGCUGGCACCUUUCAUCCUGCUGGGCAUCUUUGGGGGACUCUGGGGGGCCUUCUUCAUCCGCAGUAACAUCGCCUGGUGCAGGCGGCGCAAGACCAGCCAGCUGGGCCGGUACCCGGUGGUGGAGGUGAUGGUGGUCACUGGCCUCACCGCCCUGCUGGCCUUCCCCAAUGAGUACACCCGCAUGAGCACCAGCGAGCUGAUCUCGGAGCUCUUCAAUGACUGCAGCCUCCUGGACGCCUCCCAGCUCUGCGACUACCUCAGUGCCUCCAACAGCACCAAGGGGGAUGACCUGCCCGACCGGGCCGCUGGCGCUGGCGUCCGCACGGCCAUGUGGCAGUUGGUGCUGGCCCUCCUUCUGAAGGUCUUCAUCACCAUCUUCACCUUCGGCAUGAAGGUGCCGUCGGGCCUCUUCAUCCCCAGCAUGGCCGUGGGGGCCAUUGCAGGCCGGCUGCUGGGAGUGGGCAUGGAGCAGCUGGCCUACUACCAUCACGACUGGCCCAUCUUCAAGGGCUGGUGCAGCCAGGGCGCCGACUGCAUUACGCCCGGCCUCUACGCAAUGGUGGGGGCUGCCGCCUGCCUGGGGGGAGUGACACGCAUGACGGUUUCCCUGGUGGUCAUCAUGUUUGAACUCACAGGAGGGCUGGAGUACAUUGUGCCCCUGAUGGCGGCUGCCAUGACCAGCAAAUGGGUGGCUGAUGCCAUUGGCCGGGAGGGCAUCUAUGAUGCCCACAUCCGCCUGAACGGCUACCCCUUCCUGGAGGCCAAGGAAGAGUUCACCCACAAGACUCUGGCCAUGGAUGUCAUGAGGCCCCGGCGCAACGACCCCGCCUUGACGGUUCUCACGCAGGACAGCAUGACGGUGGAGGACGUGGAGGCCAUCAUCAACGAGACCACUUACAGCGGCUACCCUGUCGUGGUGUCGAGAGAGUCGCAGCGCCUUGUUGGCUUUGUCCUCCGGCGAGACCUCGUCAUCUCCAUUGAAAGUGCCCGGAAGAAGCAAGAAGGGAUUGUCAGCAGCUCGAUUAUUUAUUUCACCGACCACUCCCCCCCGCUGCCUCCCUGCUCCCCCUCCCUGCUCAAGCUGCGCAGCAUUCUUGACCUCAGCCCAUUCACUGUGACAGACCAAACCCCCAUGGAAAUUGUGGUGGACAUUUUCCGAAAACUUGGGCUACGCCAGUGCCUGGUCACACACAACGGGAAGCUGCUAGGAAUUAUUACCAAAAAGGAUGUAUUAAAGCACAUAGCACAAAUGGCAAACCAGGAUCCAGACUCUAUAUUGUUCAACUGAAGCCUAAGAGGGGCCAGGAGGUUUUCCUCCGCCCCACAGAACUUGGCUGGAUGGAACCCUCGAGUUUUGCUUCUCUUUUUACUGAGAAUCCAGAGCUGUCUUCAGUUUUCUCCAUGUGGAGCAAGCGAUAAUCAUGUUUUAUUUUUUUCUACAAGAUAACCAAUUGCACUAUAUAAUCUGUGGAAAUUAAUCUUCUCUUGGGAAGGAGAGACUUAUCAUAGAAUUGUUUUGGAGCUGCAUUGGGGAGGAGAGUCGACUCCAGAGUAAAAGAAAGGAUGUAACUGAA